AUGAUUUCAAUAGAGCUGUUAUUAUUCAUCGCUUCUAUUUUGUUUCUAAUUAUUUACAAACACCUAAAAACCUUUAAUUAUUGGACCGAAAGAGGAGUGUACAGUCCUAAACCAGUUCCAUUCUUCGGCAAUGCUUAUAAAAUCCUCACUUUUACCAAACACGCCAGUGAAGUUUUUAAAGAACUCUACGACCAAACCGACGAGCCCUACCUUGGAAUAUUCCUAUUCGACAAGCCGUUUCUACUAUUGAAAGAUCCAAAAUUAAUAAAAAGAAUUCUGCUGAAAGAUGCCCACUUGUUCAAAGACAGAACAAUCGCACCAUCAACCAACAACGAAAUUUUCAGGAAUUUCCUGCUGAUGUGCCGAGGAGCGAGAUGGAAGAAACUUAGAGACCAAGUCUCUCCGUUAUUUACUUCGGGAAAACUAAAAACUAUGAUUGGUGAAAUCAAUCGAGUUUCCGACGAAUUGAUGCAUCACAUUUCCCAACGGGGAAAUCCGCUGUGUGUAAGAGAACUGUACUCGAGUUUUAUAACAGAGGCGACCGCUAGGGCCUUAUUUAACAUAAACACUGAUUGCUUAAAGAGCGACCAAAGCGGCUUCAAGAAAAUUAUAAGAAAGAUAUUUAACCCGUCUUUGAAAACGUUGUUACUGCAAAUGCUUUAUUUCGUUAAAGCCUCGUGGGUUAACUACUUGGGUUUUGAUUUUGUCGAUAAUACUGCCACAACAUUUCUUACUAGGCUCCUAAACGAGGCUAUAGAAACCAGAGAGUUGGUAACCGGAGGAAAAUCCAAGAAUAUCGUAGAUGUGAUGCUUCAGAACAAAAAAACUGGAGAUGAAGGAUUUGGAAAAAACGGACAUGUGGCCAGCGGACUCCAAUUAUUAGUAGCGGGUGUCGAUACUACCAGUACUGGUAUAGCUUGGUUCACAUACGAAAUGGGUCAAAAUCCCGAAAUACAAGACAGAUUGCGAAGUGAAAUUAUAGAAGUAUUGAAGAAAUAUAACGGAGAAAUUACGUGGGAGGCGAUACAUGAGAUGAAAUACUUGGACAUUUGUUACUUAGAAGUUCUACGAAGGCAUCCUUUCGUGCCAUUUGUGGAGCGGCAAGCCGCGGAAGAUUAUAAAGUCGAAGAAACGGGAUUAGUUAUCGAAAAAGGCACCGCCACUAUGAUUCCCCUGUUCUCACUGUUUUUGGACGAAAACCAUUUCGAAAACCCUUUUGAAUUCAACCCAGAGAGGUUUGCUAGCAGCAAUCACGCGAACACUAAUAAUACUGGAUUAGUAUUCAUGCCAUUUGGUGCUGGUCAUCGGUUAUGCUUAGGAGAAAGAUUCGCUAUCUUAGCAACCAAGCAAGUCGUAAUAACAACACUUCUGCACUACAGAUUGGAGAAAUGCGAACAAACGCCCGCGUAUCCACCAAAAUACGAUCCCAAAUCAACGUUUCUCUGUUGCGAAGGGGGAAUACCGAUGAAAUUUAUUAAAAUCCACAACUGA